AGCUUUUGUUAUGCAUUUGUUUCACAAAGAUGCCCGACUGAUUUUGCAGAUUUGUGCGAAUGUAGUUAUGUUCCGUAUGGACCAGAAAACCGCUUAACCUAUGUUACCAACUGUACGAAUGCCGGUUUCGACAAUGCUCUGAUGUUAAGAAAACUACCACCUGAAACAGAAGUGCUUGUGUUCGUAGGAAAUGAAAUUAAAGACCUUCGAUUAAACAUAUUUGGACUGGAAAAUGUUUACGAGAAACUGCAUACGAUUGAUCUGUCCAACAACCAUAUUCAAACCAUAAAAGGUAAGACGUUUCAUAACGUAGCUAAUGUAACAAAACUCAUUCUUAACGAUAAUGAUUUAUACAUUAUUUCCAAAGAUCAUCAUCCAAGGAUGUUCAGCAAUUUUGUUAACCUUAAAGAACUGCAUCUCAGGAAUGUUUUUACUGAAAAAAUAAAAGCAGGAGACUAUUUGUCAAAUUUACUCCAGAUUUUUGAAAAUAGUUAUUUGUUUAAUCUUCGUGUUUUGAAUAUGGAAAACAACGAGAUAUCUCGGAUUGACCAGGAAGAAUUUUGUUCUUUAGCGGUUUUAGAAGAGUUAUAUUUAGCUCACAAUCAUCUGAAUGACAUUCCUCUAAAUUUCUCGUGCCUAAAGUAUCUGAAAAAACUUGACGUAAGAAAUAACUUAAUUCCUUAUCUUUCCGAUCAAACGCUUAAAAGUUUAGACACAAAUAAGCAACUGGAAAUUAAUUUAACAUCCAAUCCAUUUAAAUGCGAUUGCAGAAUGAUUAAAACUUUUGAAUGGAUGCUUACGACUUCAGUGACUCUAUCAAACAAGGAACAAUUAUACUGCUUCGAUGGCCAUCCUCCUAAUGUGGGAAAAAGAAUAUUUACACUACAUUUGAGUAAUUUGCAAUGUACUGAUACCGAGUGA